UAUGUACCUACGUAGCAUCGGCAGCAACGGGUGCGCGGGCGCGGGUUCUGCCCGACACAUCGGAUCCUGGGAGCUCUGUAGCUUUGUUAAACUUCUAAGGGUUGUCCUCGUGCUUCUUUCCUCAACUCGACCUUUACAUCAUAGAAAGGUAAUUAUUUAGCUACCGUCUUGGCUAAUACGGUUCCAUCGAAAACGACGCGGAUUCCGAUUUCGAUUUUGAUUCCGACCAAGCCGAUUAUUAUGGAUUCUAUCAUCAUAUUUUAAUUCGUCACUUCAUUCUUGUCCUACUUUUCCCACAGCACCUAUAACCCAUACAACCAAUGCUAUUUACCUGGUACCUAAGCUAAAGGCUCUCCCCUGUUUUAUGAAUAAUAUCUUAGACCCUAUACCGUUGUCGAUCCUCCUGUUCACGAUCUAAUCUGCCAUAUCCCAUAUCCCAUUGACCGAUUUUCUCGACCUCUCGUUUAUCAACAACCGCCGCAGCUCGUACCUCCAGUCCAAUGAACAAUAUCUGCAUCCUUGCGGCCGUCAGUAACGAGGUCGCUCCUAAAACAUGCUUCUCUUGCAUCAGAUAGGCAGUGUCAAGAUCGGUGAAGUCGUCCGUUAUACCAUAACCUAUUCGCCAUCGCACGACCGAAUCCUGCCUUCUCCUGACGUCCUGCACCUACGUAUCCGCAAUACAUGCCCUAUUCCUCUGCGAGCCGCCUUUGUCCACGGACCUUAUACCCUCAGCGUUUCCGCCUAUCCCGCCCACUAUGAUCCGAAUACCAAGUUCGAGAACCCCCGCCGUUACGGUGUCCCUGAAUUUGAGCCUAUGCUCAAGGCCGGCGGCACGUGGUCAUGUCAGUUAAUUGUACCCGACGUUAUCCGCGAGAACGCCGGAAUAGGUGCUGCGCAUGGCGAUUUCAGCUAUAAUACUACAGGCGAAGAAGGUUCGAAAAGCGCAAGUUGGGUGGUAGAAGUUUCAAGUCAGGUCAUUUUCUCUACCAGUGCAGAUGUAGGCUACGAGGUCAUGCUCGCGAGAGAUGAGAAGAGUCUCAACUUAGGCGGUGUACCUGUUAUAGGUGGUCAGGCCCAGGUCCCGCAACCCGGAAGAGUGGUUGAUUUCCAGCAGAGCUUGGGUUCAAAGGAUGGCCAUCAUCCCGCCCAACUGAAAGGUGUCUUCUCGAAAGCUGUUUUUCUCAAGGUCGAGGACACUGCAAGUCUUUGGAACACACCACCGCUGCCCGGCAUUACCGAAUGGGAACAUGGACGUGCUAAGCCAGCAGGUCUUGAAAAGGCAGCCACUAGCGUUGUAGAACCAGCAGCACCAGCAGACACAGAGGAACAAAGUACAAAACAACCACCUCCAAAGAAAGUUCACCUAGUCGUCUUGACGCAUGGACUGCAUAGUAAUCUGGGAUGUGAUAUGCUGUAUAUGAAAGAGAGCAUCGAUGCAGCUGCGAAACAAGCUAAGGCCGACGCAAAAGUAAGGAGAGCACAAGCGAAGGCCAAGAAAGAUAGCGAGCAAGGCGAUCAUUCAGAAGUCACCGAAGAGCAACCUAAAGACAGCAAUCGCGACGGCGACGAUGACGAUGAAUACGACGAAGAGGAGAUCAUAGUACGAGGCUUCCCAGGAAAUGCUACUCGGACAGAAAGGGGCAUUAAGUUUCUGGGCAAACGUUUGGCGCGUUGGGUACUUUCCAUGACAUAUCCAGACCAGCCUUUUCUACCGUCCACGAAGAAAGCGGCAAGCGAGAGCAUUGCGCACGCUUUCAGGGGCGACAACGGGAACGAUGAUACAACUGGAAAGCCCGCACAUCGACACAGCACGAUACAUAAAGGCCACCACCAUAAUGGUGAUCGCAAAUUUCAAAUUACCAGUAUUAGUUUCAUCGGACACUCCCUUGGAGGUCUCAUUCAAGUUUAUGCCAUCGCGUACAUACAAAAACACUCACCUCAUUUCUUCAACUUAAUCAAGCCAAUCAACUUCAUUGCGCUUGCAUCUCCCUUGUUGGGUCUCAGCAACGAGAAUCCAUUAUAUGUCAAGUUCGCACUCGAUUUUGGUCUCGUCGGAAGGACCGGACAGGACCUAGGUCUUACUUGGCGAGCACCAACACUUGCCAGGAGUGGCUGGGGCGCAUUAGUUGGAACCCUUGGGGAAAGUGCUCACAAGAAGGUAAUGGGAGAAGUGCAGCCGGAGUCGAAACCUCUCUUGCGUAUUCUACCCACUGGUCCGGCGCACACCGCUCUGAGAAAAUUUCGCAACCGAACUGUCUAUUCCAACGUGGUGAAUGACGGGAUUGUGCCAUUACGCACAAGUUGCCUCUUAUUUCUAGACUGGCAAGGGCUUGGCCGAGUAGAAAAGGCUCGACGAGAAGCCGGUCUGGUUGAGACAGUAGUUGGGUUUGGGUGGGCAGAGUUGACUGGCGCGAACGUAACAUCACGGAGAAGUCCCUGGUCGCCAACAACUGAGGAGCCUCCAUCGCUCGCACCGUCCGCCGUCGAAUCUGAAUCUUCUCAUAGUGAUUCUCACGAAGUGCCUCAACCGUCAACAAAUGCGAUUCUAGAGGACGAUAGGCGCAGUAUAAACCUUGCAGCACAAACAGAAGCAGGGGCGGUAGGCCAAAACUCCCAAACAAAUAAUGACUUUCCGUUUUCUGGACUCUUCAGUUUCUUCAAAUCUAGCGACUCAGCAGCUCGUAAAACGCCUCCCCCAUCUCCUCGAGAAAAUAAAAUCUACAAGCGCAGUCAGACUCUGAAAGUGGACGCAGCACCGGAUUCGGCAUCUUCGAGUAGAUCAAAGGUAUCUUCCGGCCAGGAGCUUAGCGAAGAUCCAGCCGGUAAUGUAUCUGCCCCUCCGCGGACGACGUUUUUUGAGUCAGCAGGCGAUCUACUCAAUCCCAAGUUGCCGUCGGUUGAAUAUCUCAUCGAUCCUUCGAAACGCCCACGAACCAUAUUUCAUGAUCGAGUUUAUCAUCCAUCCGAUAUCCCGCCCCCACCACUCAAGAAACGGACGACUAGAUCACUCGCGUUCCGAAAUAAAUCGAAUGGAACUUCGUCUCCAAAAGGAGACCCUGCGAAGAGCCCUUCGCUAAACCCGUCUGUUGGGCAUGCGGACUCCGAAUUAUCAACUCGUGACUACGACGACCCUCUGUCCACCGAUCCUAACAGAGACAGUGAGCACGUCAUCGAUAGUUCCAACAUGAAAGUUGAGGAGAAGAUUGCUCGGGCGUAUCACCGUGGCUUAAGCUGGCGGAAAGUCCUAGUUAAACUAGAACCAGAUGCACACAACAAUAUCAUUGUGCGUCGCAAGUUUGCCAAUGCAUUUGGUUGGCCUGUGGUGAAACACUUAGUGGACGCCCAUUUCAGCGACAGUGCAGCGGCUCGUAGGCAGGACGAAACCGAGCAGGGCGUUGACCGCGCGAAAUCACUUCAUCAAGCACCCGACGAAACUGGCGCUGAGACGUAUACGCAGGAAGAUGCCCAGCCACGAGAAGGCGCAAAUUCCAGUGAUAACCCAAAAAUUCAUAAACACACUAUGAGCGAGACUCUGGAGGCCGCGGACCUCGUACCGGACUUACCAUCGCCAGCCCAGGAGAGACAAUCAGCUCCUUAUAGUUCAAGAGAUUCACCGCCCCGUACUUCAUACGACGGCCUUGAGUCCGCGGGGUGGAGUGACCGCGACUUCCUCGACAGCGGCGAUGACAGCGAGAUGGACAUAGACAUGGCAUAUGGUAAACACCCUAAGAGCCAAUCAAUAUCGGGGGGCAAAGAUAGUGACUCACCAAGAGCUGCUAGCCCGGGGUGGAAUUGGACAGAGAAGAUUGUGGGCAAAGGCGCUGGGAAGAGGGUAAAGAGUCCUAAGAUCCCUCAAGACCCCCCAAGUCCUAAACUAGGAAAUGGGGAUGGGGCCGAGCCUGUUCCCUGAUGAGUAUAAUGAUGUUUUCAGACCCUUCAAUAGCUGAUCUGGAGGUGGGCUACUAGUUUGGAAAGCGUAAACGUGAUAAAGGGACAUGAGCAUGAGCACGAGCAUAAGCAUUUGGAUGCAGCAUAUUAGAUUUCUAACAGAGCAACUUGGAGUAGCGUGGUGGGUUUUUGGAGAUGGCGUCGACCUCAUUGAUACUGGCAAGAGGCAUGACGCCGUCUAAUACACAUAUAUAGUUGUAAUAUUGUGAGCAUUUGAGAACUAUAGAAAUAUACAUGUCAAUAUACAUGAAGUAUAUAUUCUACGUCUUCAUUCUUGUAUCUUCGUAAAUAAGCUAUACAUGAAUUCGGUAGCC